UUCUCGACUUUGAUUGGUCGCUUUCGCAGCAUCGUUCGUUUGACAAGUAAAACAGUGGUCCGCAGGAAAAGAAAGCUCCGUGCGCUAUCUUCAUUUGUACACCGCAAAGAUGUCUGAGGAGCGAUCUGAAAGAUCCGAUGGGAGGAUUGUCAAGAUGGAGAUCGACUACAGUUCAACUGUAGACCAGCGUCUCCCGGAAUGUGAAAAAAUGGCUAAAGAGGGCAAGUUGCAGGAAGCCAUCGAGAGCUUGUUAUCAUUGGAGAAGCAAACAAGAACAGCAUCGGACAUGGUAUCAACCUCCAGAAUCCUUGUGGCUGUGGUUCAGAUGUGUUAUGAAGCCAAGGACUGGGAUGCACUCAAUGAAAACAUCAUGCUACUCACCAAACGGAGGAGUCAGCUCAAACAGGCUGUUGCCAAAAUGGUCCAAGAAUGCUACAAGUAUGUGGAUGCUGUGACUGAUCUCACCAUCAAGCUGAGGCUAAUCGACACACUUCGCACUGUGACAGCUGGAAAGAUCUAUGUGGAGAUCGAGCGUGCCAGGCUAACAAAGACCUUAGCUAAUAUCAAGGAGCAAAAUGGAGAGGUCAAAGAGGCAGCUGCCAUUCUUCAAGAAUUACAGGUGGAGACAUAUGGCUCGAUGGAGAAAAAGGAGAAGGUGGAGUUUAUAUUGGAACAGAUGAGGCUUUGCAUUGCUGUCAAGGAUUACAUUCGUACCCAGAUCAUCAGCAAGAAGAUAAACACCAAGUUUUUCCAAGAGGAGGGCACAGAGGAGCAGAAGUUGAAGUACUACAACCUGAUGAUUCAGGUGGACCAGCAUGAGGGCUCCUACCUGUCCAUCUGCAAACACUACAGGGCCAUUUAUGAUACCCCUUGCAUCUUGGAGGACAGCAGCAAGUGGCAACAGGCCCUGAAGAGUGUGGUGCUCUAUGUGAUUCUUUCACCCUAUGAGAACGAGCAGUCAGACCUUGUGCACAGAAUCAGUGGAGACAAGAAACUGGAAGAAAUCCCGAAAUACAAGGACCUUCUGAAACAGUUCACUACCAUGGAGUUAAUGCGCUGGGCCUCCUUGGUGGAGGAUUAUGGGAAAGAGCUGAGAGAGGGAUCACCCAACAGCCCUGCAACAGAUGUCUUCUCUUAUACAGAGGAAGGGGAGAAAAGGUGGAAGGACCUGAAGAAUAGAGUGGUGGAGCAUAACAUCCGAAUAAUGGCCAAAUAUUACACGAGAAUCACAAUGAAAAGGAUGGCUAACCUUCUUGACCUCUCUGUUGAUGAAUCGGAGGAGUUCCUCUCCAGCCUAGUUGUAAACAAGACCAUCUACGCCAAGGUUGACCGGCUGGCUGGCAUCAUCAACUUUCAGAGGCCCAAAGACCCCAAUGACCUGCUCAACGACUGGUCACACAAACUCAACUCACUUAUGUCUCUGGUCAACAAGACCACACAUCUCAUUGCCAAGGAGGAAAUGAUUCAUAACCUGCAGUGAAAUGAGAACAAAGUGCUUUAUUUUAUGUUUUGAUUCAUAUUUUGUUUUUCCUUCUGUGGAAAUGUUUUUGACUACACAGUAUAAUGGCAGCCUGUGAAAGCAAUCUAAUUCCGAUGUGAUAGAAUUAGCAAAAAAAAAAAAAGAGUCUUCAACACAUAAACAUGCAAACACUUAUUCUUUGCAUCUCACUCUGGACUGGAUAUUCAAAGUGUUACACAUUGCCAUUUGAUGUAAUAUAUACAGUAGUUUAGCCUCUGUUUCUUUAUAAAAACCUGGUUUUCAAUGUACAUCUAGCAAUGUAAACAAUAAACUCCUGACAUUUGGUUAACAGUUAUAUAUGUAGGUGUUAUUGUAGCCUGACUUACAUUGAUUCUAUUAUGACAAACUAUGAAAACACGAGUGUAUAGUAGGUGAUAAAAGGAUUAACGUGAAAAACACCAAGGGCAUAUAGUGCACAAAAUUCAUGAAUAAUAUGUGCCGAUGCUUUAAUUACAAUGGGUUAUCCAGAUUGCAGCUCCCUCUCUUCACUUUGAUUUUAAUCUCCACGGGGCCCAAAAUGAAAUGUUUGAGACAUACAUACACCACAUAAAAAGUUUUUUUUUCCACCAGCAGAUAUAUUGACAAUUAAGAAAUUAUUGGCAUCCAGUUGUGCACCAGUAAACACCACAGUAGGCGUUUUGAGUGAUAAUAGCACAAAAGCACAUGUAGAACUAAUGACAUUAAAUGUGGCUCGGGAUAAUAAAAUGUCAGGGGUAUCAUAACAAUGAGCUAGCAUGCAUAAUAGCAGAAUACUGGAACUGCUUAUUUGAAUGGAAAACUGCUUUUAAUCAUAGCAAUUACCUCUGUGCUUUACUUACUAUGUGUAUGUGCCCUCAUUUCUUGGCUUAUGAGUGCGGAAAAUACAAUUUUAACUAGCUCAAUUACAUUUUCCCUCUUUUUUUAUGUCCACAAUGUAAUGUGGCAAGUCAACAUAAAGAUUCAAAUGUUAUUAUUGUGGAUAUUUUCAGUACAUCACAGUUUAAUCUUACACACGCCACUUAUUGUUGUGUGUGUGGUCAUUUCUUUUUUUUAAUAUGCUCUAUGAAGCAUAUGAAUUAAUUUUGGUCACCUUGAGGACUUGAUUGGAUUUAUUAGAAACACCUCAUCUGUGUCACGAAAUCGGCUCAUAUCAUUGUACAUCCCUGAGAGUUUUAAAAGGCUUGACUGGGUGGAUGAAGAAAAAAACCUUUAGGUUAAGCAAAGAUAACUUUUGUCAUUCCUUUUAGUUCUUCCAUUUAUAAAAGCUAGAAGACAUAAACUCAAAAUGCUUUGUAGUUUUAUACUAAAAUUUUUUAAUAAACAUAAUUUGAUGCAGAUUUAAAAAAAAAAAAAAAAAAACCCGUAAUGCUACAUUUCAGAUUUUAUAUUUUCAGACAUAUAGGAGUCAAUCUACAGUUGUAGAACAUUGUCUGUCCCACUCAUGAAUUUGAAAAUAUCUAUAAAAUAUUAAAACAUGUAUUUGGGGGUUAAUUACAUCUGUCCUGAGACAAAAUGUAAACCUAGUUGUUGAUAAAGUGGUUCCAAAAUUAUUAUUUAAAAUAUAAAAUAACUCUUGAGAAACCCCUCCCCCAAAAGAAAAUGGCAUUUUUCUCUUAUCCCAACUUCUUUAUAACCAAAUUGCAUGUCAAAUACAACAAUUAAAAUGUUAUAAACACACUUUUUUGUUUUCAUUUUGUUGGCAUGUGUGUUAUAAUUGGUAAACAACUUUUUAAAACACCAACAUACUUUAAAGAAGAGUGAUUGUAUCCCAGAUCAUUUGUUCAACUAUGUCAGUGAAGCCCUUUUAGCCUGGAAAAGGAAAAGAUAAAGUAGUUAGAAGGCGACAAAAAAGAAGUAAUAUGAACGAGUCCUGUGAUAACACUAUGGAUAGUCCAAAGGUCAGUUCUCUUUGGCAAAUUUUGUAUUUUUCCAAUCUUUUCUGACUAGACUGUGUCACUCUAACCAAUGCAACACUGUUACCUGUAUUACAAAAAGAAGAUAAAUUAAUUUCGGUGUUUCCUUCCCUUUUUUUAAUAUAUAUAUAUUUACAAUCAUUCAUGACUGUUGCAGUCCAUUAUGUUACUCAAUUGGCACCUUUUUUCUGAGAAA